CAUUGAGAAAGCGGAGCGGAUUGGAAGGCUGGGCGUAUAAAGCCGCGCGGAGAGCGUGAAACAAAGCAGACUGAUCGGAAUUGGACUUGGGAAGAGAGGCGCGGAGUCAGGCAGAAAACUUGUUGGAGAGGAGUAAAGAGCCUCUGCCUCUCCCCCUCCACUCCGCUGCGCUUAAAGGGGUUCCCUCCGGCCUUGCGAUUUAUUUUUAUAUCUGCUUUUUAUAAAGAGAAGUAUAUAUAUUUUUUUCUUCUAAAAGAGAAAAUUCCUGUUCCAAGAGAAAAUAAGGCAACAUCAAUGAAGGAGAGAAGAGCCAGUCAGAAAUUAUCCAGUAAAUCUAUCAUGGAUCCUAAUCAGAACGUGAAAUGCAAGAUAGUAGUAGUGGGCGACAGCCAGUGUGGAAAAACCGCGCUGCUCCACGUCUUCGCAAAGGACUGCUUCCCCGAAAAUUACGUCCCUACGGUGUUUGAGAAUUACACUGCCAGUUUUGAAAUCGACACACAAAGAAUAGAGUUGAGCCUGUGGGACACUUCAGGUUCUCCUUACUAUGACAACGUCCGUCCCCUCUCUUACCCGGACUCUGAUGCUGUGCUCAUUUGCUUUGACAUCAGUAGACCAGAGACUCUGGACAGUGUCUUAAAAAAGUGGAAAGGUGAAAUCCAGGAGUUUUGUCCCAAUACCAAGAUGCUGUUGGUGGGCUGCAAGUCUGAUCUGAGGACAGAUGUCAGCACAUUAGUGGAACUCUCAAAUCACAGGCAGACUCCUGUGUCAUAUGAUCAGGGGGCAAAUAUGGCCAAGCAGAUCGGAGCAGCCACUUACAUAGAAUGUUCAGCUUUACAGUCAGAAAACAGCGUCAGAGACAUUUUUCACGUCGCCACCUUGGCGUGUGUAAAUAAGACAAAUAAAAACGUUAAGCGGAACAAAUCACAGAGGGCCACAAAGCGGAUUUCACACAUGCCUAGCAGACCAGAACUCUCAGCAGUUGCUACGGACUUACGAAAGGACAAAGCAAAGAGCUGCACUGUGAUGUGAGCCUUCGCCGUCUUUAAGGAGGACACGGGAAUCUGGUGUAAAAAAAAAUAAUUAAAAUUAAAAAUUAAAAAAAGCAGGAGAAAACCGGAAAGAUGGAGUCAAAUGAAGUGCCCAGCCAAAGUCACAUAGACACAGGCUUAGGAGGCCCUUGAAAGAUACCCACUUUUCGGAAUUUUGUCCUUAGUUUCGGCAUGUAGACCGAGUGGUGAGAAGCGAAUGCGUUGAAGAGUUUUGUGUGACAAGAAGUGUGACUUGAAAAAUCCGCCAAAAACAAGGGGAGCUACAAACGGGAGAGCGCUAGAGAAGUGGGGGGCGCCAGUACCUCCGAGAACAUCCACGCUCUGAAUGGUGCUUGAGUAUUUUCGGUUUUGUGUUCGUGGUUUUGUUACAACCUAUUCGUGGAUCUCUACUUUGAUUUCGUUUUUUCAAUGUUUUAAUCCCCUUUUCCAAAAAGUAUAUAUUAGUAGACCGUCCUCGUUGGGGAACUCGCACUGUGACCUUAGCGUUUAGUUUUCUAGAGGAUGCGAUCUAAUUUCCUCCUAGCUCAUCAUUAAAAUGGAAAUUGUACUGGGACCCGGUGGGAUUCAAGAGGAAAACUUCAUGCGGCUUUGAAAUCUUGACUUCCUGAAGGUCGCUGCUGAGCGAGAUGGUUUGAAAGCAAGGCUUCCGCGGCCUUACAAGAUGCAUAGACCAGCACUAAAGAGAUUGCGUAGAUCAACUAGAAGAGAGUGUUGCUUUUUAUUCUGUCUGAUGGUUUUGUUCAUCCUUGUGAUUGUCCUUAACAAGUGGUAAAUUGUUCAGUGUAAUAUUUUUUGUGCGCUGUUUAGAAAAGAGUGUGUGGCUUUGUUUUUCUUUUUGCCAUCGUUGAUGAAAACGAGAAGUCAAAUAAAAGAUGUGUUCGUCUGAUGUGAUAGCGUGAUUAAAGAGGAGGCAGGUGGCUGCUGAUUUCACCAAGAGAGACCUUGAAUGAAGGAGUAGUAGUAGCCGAGAGCACAGUUGGUGAAUGGGGCUGUCUGGAACCAAGUUAUAAGUCAAAAAUACACAGAGCAAAAGCGUUCAUGUCGGGGGGAUGGUGGCCCCCAGGCUGGCAGCAGAUAGUAAGCUGUUGUCUGAUGCCACUUCCUUCAAAGGAAUGUUGUUCUGACAAAACCCCCAUUUGCCCAUGCUUUAGAAAACCCCAGAUUGAAAAGAAGCCUAUAAUGUCUGCCCUGGUAUGAGCCUAGGGUGUUUCUCAAGUGACUGAUAAACCUCACUUAACCAUACACAGCCAGGGCCAGGUUGAAAAAAAACAUGAUCCUUGCAGAAGUAAUAAUCAGCAUUUAAAAUAGUUUACAGGUUUCUCCUUUUGAGCAGUUCCUUUCAGAGAAGAAAUCAGUUAUGAUCUUUCAGAGUUGGUGCUUGUUGAAAACAAGCUUUUUCUUUCCCCAAAGAUGACCCUUCAUUUUUGAAGCGUUUGGAGCUGUGUCUCCAUUAAACUGUGGCCAGAAGGGGAGGUUAAGGGAAUGACAACACCCAGUCCUGUGUCUUUACGAGCACUUUGUUUUGUCUCUGCAAGAAAAUGCCAUUUCAGUCAUUUCCCAUGAAGCUCAGACCUUUUACCAACAUAAUGCGCUCUGACUGGUACAGCGUUACGCUUUGGGCAGUAUUACAAAAUCGCUGGCAAGUGCUUUCUGUAUUUAAAUAUUGUAAAAAGAAAAUAAGUUAUAACUGUUAUAAAGCAGAACCUUUGUUGCUUUUUUUUUUAAUGUUGAAGUCACUUUGUAUGUUUGUUUGGUCAGUGUUUCCACAGUAUUUAUUAAAACUUAUGGUUUUUUUUUUUCUUCAAAUAAAAAAGUAACCACCA